GAUUUGUGCAGGACUAAUGCAAUCAUGUUGGAGAGUCGUACUAUUAGAAAUGGACUUAUAUUAUUUACAUAUUUGCAGUAUGAAAUAUUUGGUGGAGAAAUUUCUUACAGCAGUCCAAACAACCAACGAUAUAUUCUUUUGUCAAGUUUGAACAUAACUAACAUUAAUGGACUUAUCAACUUUAAAGUAAAGUCUUGUAAUGAUGUCCACUUUGCUCUUAUUUCUGGACAAACCGAAUAUGAUCCUUUAUACGAAAUAGUGAUCGGUGGAUGGGGUAAUUCGAAAUCAGUUAUAAGAACAAGCAAGCAAGGAUCUCCUGUCGCUCAAUCGUCUGGGUCAUAUCUAAAUUGUAACGAGUUCGUGGAAUUCUGGAUAUCUUGGAAUAAUAUAACUAUUACAUUAGGGGCCGGCGUAAUGACUUUUAAUAAUACUGGAUUUCUAACUUGGUCUCUUCAAAGUGGAUUAUUAUCAAUUCUGAACUCUGGUUUCUAUACUGCAUUUGGAUCAACAGGGGAGUGGAUAUUUUAUACACAAGAAACAACCACAGAAGCAAUAGAGAUUACGACUGCAUCGUCAUGUAUAUGUCCAUGUAUACACAAUACAAGUUAUAUUGACUCGUCAAAUCUUACUAAGGAAGAAUUACUGAUCAUUUUACACGACGAAUUACAAUUGAUAAAAAGUACACUUCGAAUAGAUAAGAAGUUUUCCAAAUAUUUGAGGAAACUUAAUUCGGCACCGGAUAAUAGAACAUCAUCAAAAUCCAUGGGAUUAAUUGCAGUUUGUAUAAUAUUAAUACCAAUUAUUUUGUCUAUUAUAUCGGAUAUAAUGAAACUGUAUGCCUAUUUAAAACGAAAGAAAUUUAAACUGCUUAAAAGAAGAUGACACUAAGAUUGUAUGUUUGGAGCAAUUGAUUAACAAACUUUUAAUAUGAAUAUUGUGAAUGUGUAAGGCUAUGCAACGA